AUGGCGCCCCCUGCUGAAGACUAUUACUGCCGCCAGUUCCUGCCCAACACCUUUGACCCCUCCCGCUGCAGGUCCUGCCUGCGGCCCAUUCACAUGCACCUCAGUAAAUUGACUGGAGAAUACGCAGAUGCUGCAGCUUUGGACAUUCCACAUGAGCUGGAUGUAGGUGACACUAAUGAUGAUGAUCAGGAUGAUUAUGAGGAUCUAGUGCUGUCUGAGGUGACGACAUGUGCCAGCAGUGAUGACGCCAGUGGUUGUUGGACGUUUGAGUGGAAUCUUGAACGCAGCCUGAGUCCUGAGUGGGAACUUGAGAAUUGUGAAACUGACAUUCAGCCUAGCUAUUCAAAUCAGUGGGAGUGUUCAGAGAGGAGCACAUCCCUCAGCCCACAGAGCCCUCCUGCAGGCCAAACAGAAAUGACCAGACUGGACCUAUCUCCCCCGAGAGACACUGAAAACUCCUGGAUGGAUGAAAGGAGGGGAAGAGACAUGUCCCGCCGGGCUUCAGAGUCCAGAGGAGGCAGGGAGAAAGAAAGUGGCUACUUUUCCCCUGACAGAAGAGGUGACGGUGUGCAGCAGAUGGAUGAGGACAACAAGCGUACCCAUCGCUAUUAUGAGAGGGGACAUCCCCUGCCAAGCAACUAUGUGCUCGAGCCCAAAGCUUGCGUCCCCUACAGGAAUGUCAGCCUUGGACUGCCGUCCCAAAGAAGAAACCCAGAGACCUAUAUGCAGGCAACUUGGAGAAGUGAGUCCCCACAGAGGUACACAUACCACUCAAACUUCAGAAGAGGUACAGACUCUGAGAGGAAUUCUCCAACACGUCAUAGCUCUUUGAGUCCAGAUCGCUACAGGUUACCUGAGUCUGCCAUGGGACCUCAGAGAGGGAGCUCCCUCUGUAGGAGUCAGGCUCGGUCUCGUGCCUCAUUGCAGGGCUCUCUCCAAAUUCAGUCUAAUGGUGCUUCACGCCACACAUCUGGCAGGUCCAGUCCUUUACGCAGAAGGGAUUCCACAGCUCCUCGUAAUGCCUCAGCACACAGACGGGCAGACUCAUUUCCGUUACACAGUGCUGGCUAUGAAGACCUUAAGAUGUCCAGCCAAGAGUCAAGGAGUCCGUCACAAGCUUCAAAUAAACACAGUUUGGAUUCUGAGAAACUCUACAGAAAUCUUGAGUCUAUAUCCCGCCGUAGUUCUUCUGCAGUCAAGCAGAACUCAUACGAAGCGUCUCCUCGAAGCAGAACAGCUGUUAGCAGUCUGGCCAACACUCUGUCCCACAACAGCCGUGAAGUGUCACCAUCCAGGAAUGGCUACAGUCCACAGAGUCACGCCUCAUUAAGAGAGCCUGAUUCAAGAGACAGCAGGAUGAGUAGAUCCCAAAGUUCCUGGCAAGGGUCUUCACACUCUUUACUCAAUCUCCCAUCGUCACAUGGUUCCUCUUCAUUGAGACAGCAAGGGGCAGGCUCCCAGAUUCUAGUUGGGUCGCCCUCAAACAUUGCAGUCACAGACGGUAAUGAUGGGGUUGCUUCUUGGCAGGGGUCUUCACACUCUUUACUUGGCCACCCCCCAUCAGAAGCUUCCUCUUUAUCGAGACAGAGAGCAGACUCUCGGGUCCUUGGAGGAUCACCCUCACAAUUUGCAGUCACAGACUCUGAUAAGGUUAAUGAGGGAUUUGGCUCCUCGCAUGGGUCUUCACCCUCUUUACUCAGUCGCCCGCCAUCACAAAGCUCCAAUUCAUUGAGACAGGCAACGGACCUUCAGAUUGGUGGAUCACCUUUGCAAGCUGUGGCAACAGAUGCUGCAAAUGCUAAUAAUGGUGUAACUAAAGUCAGCUCUGACAGAAGUAAGAGCAUUGUCAGACGAGGAAUGGAUGCCCUGUUGCUCUCCGAACCGGAAAAAGCUGUAGUAGAACCUGAAGAGGUUGGGAUGACCAUAGAUGACUACAUCAUGCUGGCUGAUAUACCCAAGAUUCAGGUGGAGUCAGAAGAAGAUUUUCCAGGGCUGAGACGGAGAAAUGAGAGUCCUAGUCCCUGCAGAGACCAGAGACAAAGAUCAUACAGCUAA